AUGUCAGUGGCCGCCGCGGAGCUCCGCGUUCGCCUUGCUGCGCUCGAGCGCAUCAAGCUCCGGGCCAGCGCGGUCGUCGAGGAUCACCGCAGCCGCCACGCCGCUGGCGGCUCUGCGGAGCUCCAGGCACGCCUCGCCGCGCUCGAGCGGGUUGGCGAGCGGGCGCAAGCGGUCCGCGCCUUCGGCGCAGCAUGCGGUGGAGGCCCGUCUUCACCGCCGCCCGCGCCCGCUCCAGCUCCCACGCCGGCGGCGCGCGGGCAGGACGAGCGGCUCGGCUCGGCCGCCAAGAAGCUGGUCCACGAGCAGGUCGCGGAUCUGCUCGAGGAGGACGAGACGAACCUGCCCUUCUUGCUGCGGCUGCUGCACGGCCUCUCCGCGCUGCGCGGCCCGCUCGCGCUGCGGCAGCGCGCCGCCCUGCUCCAGAUGCUGCGCCGCUUCGGGCGCGAAGGGGCGGGGGAGGCGGAGUUUACCGACGGCGGCCGCGCCGAGUCGCCGGCGGGAGAGGAGGCGCGCGCGCCCGUCGCGACAACUCUUGCACGCCUGAGUGCUGGCGCCGGCGGGCUGGUCGGCGACCCGGAGGAGGGAGCCGACUUUGGCGCCCGCCACGGCCGAGGGGCGGAGGGGACGGAGGUCGACGGCGAGGCGCCCUCGCAGACGGCAGCGCUCAACCAGCACCUCGCGGCCUCCUUCAAGGCGUCGCUCGACCGCGUCGGCGCCGCGUACUGCCCGAUGCUCACGCAGGCGGCGGCGAUGGGCAGCGCGGCGAGUCGGCCGGGCGAGGGGGAGGACAUGGACUGA